UGAUCUUACCGCCAGUUUGCGCUUCGAUCACAAUUUCAAAUAGCGCAUGUGCGCUGCAAGCUUUUGCAACGAGAUUUUACCAACCACCGCAUUAUGUGUUUAUCAAUUGGUAUAAAUUUUUCUGUUGCUAACUGCGUUUCACGUGAUACGUGUUUCUAAGAUAUAAGAUACAUAUUGUCAGAAUGCCAGCUAAUAUCCAGGAAGAUUUUUCCGGUUUUUCCACAAAAGCUAUUCAUGCUGGUCAAGAUCCGGCUCAAUGGAGUCAUCGGUCGUUAGUUCCACCUUUAGUAAUGUCUACCACGUUUCAACAAAAUGGUCCGGCAGAACAUAAUGGUUACGAGUACGGCAGAAGCGGUAACCCAACGCGCAAUGUAUUGGAGACGUGUUUAACGGCGUUAGAAGGUGGAAAACAUGGUUUUGCUUUUUCAUCGGGUUUGGGAGCUAUCACAGCUAUAGCCGGUUUAUUGCAUACCGGAGAUCACGUUAUUUCUGGAGAUGACGUAUACGGCGGAACUAAUCGUUUUUUUCAAAAGUGCUUGGUCAAACAAGGUAUUGAAAUUUCUUUUGUCGAUCUGACAGAUACAAAAAAUCUCUUGGCUGCUCUACAACCAAACACCAAGAUGGUUUGGUUGGAGACACCCACGAAUCCUUUAUUAAAAUUAGCGGACAUUGAAGAAGUUGCAAACGUUUUAAAGUCUAAGAGUUCAGAUAUCGUUUUAAUAGUCGAUAAUACCUUUCUAACGUGUUAUUAUCAAAAACCGUUAGAACUUGGAGCUGAUCUUGUAGUAUAUUCUCUAACAAAAUAUAUGAAUGGACAUUCGGAUAUUAUUAUGGGUGCGGUAAUUACGAGGAGAGAUGAUUUAGCAGAGAAACUUCGUUUUCUACAAAAUGCAAUGGGAAUAAUUCCAUCGCCUUUCGAUUGUGCUAUGGUUAAUCGUAGUUUAAAAACUUUAGAACUUAGAAUGCAGCAGCAUAUGAAAAGUGGAUUAGCUGUUGCCAAAUUUUUGGAUAAGCAUCCUCUAGUGGAUAAAGUUAUUCAUCCUUAUCUCCCAUCUCAUCCACAGUAUCAACUUGCUCUUAAGCAAUCGACGGGUCACAGUGGCAUAGUUUCAUUCUAUAUCAAAGGAAAUUCCAAAAAAUUUUUGAAAAGUCUCAAAUUAUUUGCUUUAGCAGAAUCGCUUGGUGGCUAUGAAUCUUUGGCAGAAUUACCAUCCGUUAUGACGCACGCUUCUGUCCCAGAAGUCACAAGGAAUGAACUAGGAAUCACGGAUCAGUUAAUUCGUUUAUCCGUCGGACUUGAAACCGAAAAAGAUUUGUUAGCGGAUCUUAAUCAAGCUUUGGAAGCUUCUCAAUGAUACAAAAGAUAUUAUUUACUUUCAAUUAUUUUCAUGUAAGACGUAAUGUUUUAAAGAGACGCGUCACAGAUCGCCACAUAGAAACUGUAUAAUACACACACGCGCGCGCGCGCGCGCGCGUAUUGUUAACCUCUCAGAAAGGAGAUAUGUUAACUGUUAGAAAUUAUUUUUUUAAAGAACGUUUUAACACAUUCCGAUGAUCACAGGUUAAAUAAGAAUGCAAUAGUGAUACGUUUUGCCAUGCGCUUCGUAUUGAUUUUUAACAACACGAGUAUACUUCUCUUUUUCUUUUUUGUAUAUGUAAUAACUGCUGCUAUUAGUUUCUUAUUUAAAAAAGAAAAAAAAAAAAAAAGUAACAAAUUAGUCGAUAUAAAUUUCCUUGCAGUUGCAUAUCUAUAUAGAUAUAUAGAUUUUUAUAUUUAUUUAUAUCCAUAUGUUACUGCUAAAAAAUAUUUCCAAACGUAGUCUUUCAUUUACGCGUGUGAGAACUCUUAUUGAAUGUAAAUAAAUAAAUCUAAUGUUUUCGGCAAGGAAAUUUAAAUGUCAUUAAGAAAGAGAUGGAUAUUCUUAUACUUUUGACAUUUCUAGAAUUUAAGGUAAUUAGAUUUGUGAAUUUCUUUUUUUCCUUAGAACUAAUUAAAAGAAGAAAAGAAAAAAGUUGAAACGUGAAUAUUAAAACUAAGAUGCAAUAGAUACUUGACGAUAUUAGAAACAUACGAGACAACAGUGUUACAUGGUAUCAGUAUUUAUAUAAAUCUUUAUUGAUUUUGAAAUUUUAUUACUGUAAAUUAAUUUUCGAAGUAUGUCGUAAUUUAGCAGUUUUAAUUCUAUCAUAUUCUUGCGCUUGGUUGUAUAAUAAUACACCAGCUAUUACGGCACAAGUUCCAAGGGCCGAUAAACCGGUUACUGAAUUGUUGAACAGUAAAACCGAGAGCCAUAUUAAAAAAGCUCUUUUUGCUGUAUUGGCAACGCUGCAAAACGAAUAAUAAAUAAAAAGUUAAGAAGAAAAAUUAUUGAUAUUA